ACACUGCCCCAGUUUAACUUUCACACCCGUGAGCCAACAAACAUGGAGGGCCACCAUCUGAGAGGUUGCAGCACCACCUACUCCGCCCAUGCUCUUCCACUUCACACGCUUAAGCCCUCGCGCCGAGUGGGCUUAAACCGUGUGUUCGCGGCAGUUUACACGUGUGCAAUCAUAGCUCUGUUCUAUCGCCAUGCACAAACACUCCUCUGCUCCAAAACCCUAGUUUCUUUCUACGUAACCCUAACGUUGUUCAUCUCCGAUCUUAUCCUCGCCUUCAUGUGGGCCAACGGACAGGCUUUCCGCAUGCGUCCUGUUUACCGUAAAGAAUACCCUGAAAACAUCGAAAAGGCCAUGAAAAGAAGUGAUUUUCCAGCCUUGGACGUGUUCAUAUGCACGGCUGAUCCUUGGAAGGAGCCCCCAAUGAGAGUGGUGAACACGGCCUUGUCCGUGAUGGCCUAUGAUUAUCCAACGGAGAAGAUUUCGGUCUAUGUAUCAGACGAUGGAGGAUCGGCAUUGACUCUCUUUGCUUUCAUGGAAGCUGCUAAGUUUGCUGCCCACUGGUUACCCUUUUGUAGGAAGAACAACGUAGUGGAAAGGAGCCCGGAUGAAUAUUUUGCAUCGAAUUAUUCAAGGACCCCUGAAACUGAGAAGAUUAAGAUAAUGUACGAGAGCAUGAAAGUGAGAGUGGAACACGUUGUUGAAACAGGUAAAGUUGGUGAGGAAUACAUAACCAGCGACCAUGAUCGUCACGCUUUGAGUAAAUGGACAGAUGAAUUCACCCGUCAAAAUCACCCCACUGUGAUUCAGGUUUUACUGGAGCAAAACAAAGACACAGACGUUGCAGGUCAUUGGUUGCCAAACCUGGUUUAUGUUUCCAGGCAGAAGAGCAAGACAUCGCCUCACCAUUUCAAAGCUGGUGCCCUUAAUGUCCUGCUCCGAGCAUCGGCUGCCAUGACCAAUGCACCACUAAUCUUAACCUUAGAUUGUGACAUGUAUUCGAAUGAUCCGGGAACACCUAUCCGUGUCCUGUGUUAUGUGUUAGACCCUGAGAUUCAGAACAAAUUGGCUUACAUUCAGUUCCCUCAAGAAUUCCAUGGGCUCAAUAAGAGUGACAUUUAUGCUUGUGAGCAUAAACAUUUGUUUAAGCUUAAUCCUAUUGGCUUUGAUGGUCUAUCGGGCCCUAAUUAUGUGGGAACUGGCUGCUUCUUUCGCCGGCGAGCUUUCUUUGGUCGCCCAUCAACUUUGGUUCUACCUGAAAUCAAGGAGCUAAGCCCGGAUUAUGUCGUAAACAAGCCCAUCACGGCUCAAUCAGUUCUUGAACUGGCACACCAUGUUGCAGGAUGCAACUAUGAAGACCAGACCAAAUGGGGCUCUAAGAUUGGAUUUAGGUACGGGUCACUGGUGGAGGACUAUUACACAGGUUUCCGGCUGCAAUGUGAAGGAUGGAUGUCCAUAUUCUGCUGCCCUGAAAGGGCUGCAUUUCUUGGAGAUGUACCCUUCAACCUGCUUGAUGCUCUUGGCCAGAACAAGAGGUGGGCAAUCGGCCUCCUUGAAGUGGCUUUUUCAAGAUACAGUACUAUAACUUAUGGUGUCAAAGCUAUGGGGCUCUUGAUGGGGCUAGGUUAUUCAUACUACGCAUUCUGGGCCGCUUUGUCAAUUCCAGUCACUACAUAUUCCUUUCUCCCUCAGCUUGCUCUCCAUGAUGGAGUCAGUAUCUUCCCAAAGGUGUCGGAACCAUGGUUUUUCCUUUACAUGUUCCUGUUCCUUGGAGCAUACGGGCAAGAUUGCUUAGACUUUGUCUUAGGCGGGGGAACAAUCCAGAGAUGGUGGAGCAAUCAGAGAAUGUGGAUGAUAAAAGGACUUUCAUGUUACCUGUUUGGACUGACUGAGUUCUUGCUCAAGUCCAUUGGCAUAUCCACUCAGGGUUUCAAUGUGACCAGCAAGGUAAUCGACGAUGAGCAGAGCAAAAGAUAUGACCAAGGGCGUUUUGAGUUUGGCGUACCAUCACCCAUGUUUGUAACACUAACAAUGGCAGCAAUAAUUAACCUAUUCUCAUUCAUCUGUGGGCUGGUCAAAUUCCUCAAUUGUAGCAAUAAGGAAGGGCUUUUUAUGCAGUUGUUCCUUACAGGGUCCAUUGUGAUGAAUUGCCUGCCAAUCUACCAAGCCAUGGCUUUGAGGAGUGACAAAGGGAAAAUGCCUAUUAGAACUACUAUCACUGCAACAUUUCUGGCAUCAGCUCUUUAUGCAGUAGCUUCUAUCAUUCUCAAGUGAUGAUGCUAGCAGAGGAACACUGUUUUCUUGUGUUUCCUUUAACUAUAAUGCUCUUUCUAUCACAAGAGGUUAAAGUUCCAGGAUUUGAUAGUUAUCCAUAUAUAGUAACUAUGCCUAUCACCAUUUUACAAAUCCUAAAUGGAACUUUUCCCAGUGUUUAUACAAUCUUUUUCGGUCUUUUCAGAAUCAAAUUAAGUUGAAACAUUAAAAAGUAAGAACAAAUUUUACUGGA